UCACUCGCGCUCUGGAACCUUGGACCCCGUGUUCCCGGCCUUGCCCCCCUCUUCCCCUUGGUGCCGGAUCGGGGGGUUGUCAAGGCCGAGUUAGUCGUACAAAGUGUGCAAGUACUACAUAUUACAGCAUUUAAACAAAUGCACCGUCUAGAUCCUCGUGGCUUUUUCGCGGCGAUCCUUGAUCGACGUGUUCCCUUUUGUUUUUUUCUCUUUUGGGGAGUUUCUGGUUAUCUGCGAGAAAAUUUUCGAGAGACAAAAAAAUUUUUUUUUUUAUGCGAGGGGAUGAUGACCGGAGAACUCAUGUGACGAGAUGAGCAACGGCGAUUGGCUUGCCUGGAGAAGACGAGAAGAGAGACGACUUUUGCUUACGAUCGACAUGGCGAGGCAGCUUCCGAGUGGGAGGGCAUUUCUUGCAGCGAAGACGGCCUGCUGCUACACUACUACAUACCACGGCUGCGACGCAGACGUAUCUGCCAAUAUCGACGCUAUGGAGCGCGCACCAUAUAGCCCUCGCCGUCCGGUUCGCAUAGCGCAGGCACCGGUGGACACGCGCGUGCGCCCGCUCGCUCACGCUGCGCAUCAGGUAGUAACGGAUGCCCCUCUCGCUGCGAGGAGACGAGAGGCGCUAUUCGCCCGGCUCGUCGCGGCGGAGAGAGGCUGGUGCGAGCAGAACAGCACAACUCCGACCGUUGGAGGGCACGCUCUCGGGUAUGUGUGUGUAGGUAUGUUGUAUGUGCGUGCGUAUGCCUUAGCUGCUUACUGCUGCUGCUUCUCGUCGGCGGUGCUGCUGCCGGCGCGCCGCUAUUAUGACUGCCGCUGCUAUAGCAAGGUCGAGCGCACGGAGCAAGCGAGAAAGCCACCCCUCCGAGAGCAAAUCGGAGCGAGACGCUGGCUUCACUUCUUACCUGUCCCCGGCCCGCACGAUUCGACGAGAGCAUCGUCAACCCAGACAGGUGGGCUCGCGGCCUCCACAUUCCCCCGGUACGGGAGUUGUCACUACUGCAGGGUUGGCUAAUGAGAAAGAGACCUCUCUUGAGAGCGAGGCCGUGCGCGGAUGAGUGCGUGUGUGUGGGGGGAGGAGGCGUGCGGACGGAGUGUGACGUGGUCCCGUUCGAUCAAGAGGAAAUGUUCUCUUUG